UGUUUUCGCAAUCUUUUUUCUAGCUGAUGGACGAUAAUAUCGACGAUCUUAUUUUAUCUCUCGCUGAUAAAAACGGAGCUUCAGGUGGAUCCAGAGCCAAUUCUGGUUCUGAAAACGCUACGGGUCAUGUUCGUUCUUCAAAGUCGAAAUCCAAAAGUAAAAAAUAUAUCUCUGAUUCUAGCGAGGAUGAAGGCGGAUAUUCCGACGACAAUAAUAAUCAAGUAUCCGAGGAUGAAGACGAAGAUGAAGUCGAUGAAUACGGUCCCGAUCUGUAUAAAGAUGAAGAGGAUAGACAGAGACUUCUUGCUCUUCCGGAAGUAGAGAGAGAACGUAUUCUGAGCGAACGUUCGGAAGAAAGACAGAGAAACUUGGAACGACUGGAAGUGAGAAAACUGCUUAAAGAUGGACGAAGAGACGAUACAGCACGGAGAUCUACACGCGACAAGGGCACCAACAAAUCGCGAGCUUUAUCGGAAUUAACGAGACGUCGUGAGGAAAAGAAGAGUAGCCGUUCGGCCAAACGCCGCCACCGAGAAUCUCCUAGUCCUGAACGACGAAAGCGAAGACGAUCCAGUUACAGUGAUCAAAGCGAGUAUGAACAAAGUGACCAGGAAUGGGCCGAGGAAGAAGCGGCGGAAAAGAUUAAGAAGAGAGUUCCGACCUUGGAGGAGAUUCAGUCUGUCGGCUUGACCAGACAAAUGAUUGAAAAAUGGCUUUAUGCCCCCUUUUUUGAACAAACAGCGGCAGGCUGCUUUGUACGAAUCUUUAUUGGUCCCGAUCCGCAGAAAAAGAUGCAUGUGUACCGGCUCUGCCAGAUUCUUGAGAUCGUGCCAUGGCAUAAAGUGUAUAAAAUUGCGGAAGGCGUGUGGAGUAAUAAGGCAGUAAAGGUGAAGCAUGGAAAAGCUGAAAAGACUUUCCCAAUGGAUAUUGUUUCCAAUCAACCCGUCACACAGCAAGAGUAUGCACGACUUAUUCAGACCAGUGAAGUUGAGAAAGUGCGAUUACCUACGAUUGACCACGUGGAAAAGAAAUUAGAGGAUCUGAAAUAUGCGAAAGGCUAUGUGUUGAACGAUCAAGAAGUGGCGGAAAUGAUUGAAAACAAACGUGCAGUCAAAGGAACGUCAAAGAAUUCGGCGAUGGAGAAAGCUCAGCUUUUGGCCCGUUUGGAACAUGCGAAGAGCAACAAUGAAAUUGACGAGGUUACACGAAUAACGAAACAAUUGCAAGAUUUAGACGAACACACGAAUCGAUGGACAGACAGUCAGCAGAAUAUUUGGGCGGAUCUGAACAAACGUAAUAGAGAACGAGAUAGAAUUGAAGUUCAGGAAGUCGAACGACGUGAAAGCGAAGCACGACGAAAAGCGUUGUUGGCAAAACAUCGCGCCGCACAACAAUCCACGCCCUCCAAUCCUGCUCCCGUGAAAAUGAACGGAACCAAUGUCCCAAAAGCGAUCAAUACACAAGACAUCGAAAAAUCUGUGUCGAUUAGCAAAGACGCUGUGGAGAUUGGUAAAAAGUCGGCCAAGUCGGCUUAUGAAAACCUGGUGGGCAAGAUCGUCGCCGAUAUUCAGCUGGACUUCAGCGAUGAUGACGAUUAAACCCAAACAGAUAUCAGAAAAUGCAAUUCGACACUUUAGAAACCCCCCAAAACUUACAUAAACCCCAAUUCCAAAGUUCUCUUCAAGAAAAACAAAGAGUAUACUUUUAUAAAUAACAGAUCAUUUGUACAGGGUCCCAUGCAUCAAUUAGGAACGAAAGUUAUUCAUCUUCCUCUACUUGACGUUUGAAUCACCAAAAGCUCCCUCUUAUUUAAAGCAUUCCUUCCCCGCGAUUUGUCUGGCACACAUCAGAAUGUAAUGCUUGAUGCACUAUCCAAAAAGGCGCCACAAGGCUUGGCGCAGUAAACCCGUUACUCAUUGCACAUUUUUAAUGGGCGGGUUGUUUCCUUGCAAUUUGCAUGCUGUUUACUGUAUUUUGAGAUGAUCUGCGCGUAUCAAU